AUGCUCAAAUCCAUGGCUUUCGCCCUUGUGAUUGCGGUCACUGCUGCCGCCUAUGAGGUUACCUUUGAAAAGCACUUCGCAACCGAAGAGCUGAACAAAGCCUCCCCCUACUAUGACCUGUCACCCUGGGGUUAUUAUGGUGGCCAGCUUCCCAAAGCGUACGAUAUUACAAGCCACAAUUACACCUACUCCCCCGAGAUGAGCUUCCAGGAGUUCAACGACAUCAUUGCUGGGAAGCAGAAUUUCUCGUCCACAAAUGAGAUUUCUGAAGACUCGGGCUUUGAAAAGAGAUAUACCUCCAGCCAAAUGUCCUUUAGUCUUGUCGGUGAUGGGGGUCGAGACUCAUACGUUGUCAAUACCGACAAGACCUGCCGAAGUGGAGACUAUCUUCCUUGGUACUAUAUCCUCGUUUACUUUGUUGAUGAUGGAUACAUCACAUUCUGGAAGAGCACUGUGUGCAAUGGCAAAAAAGAAAGUUUCAAUCCAACCUGCGAUGAGACGAGUACAGCUGGUCAGCGAUGCAAUUUUGACUUCGAACCUAACUCGUUCCGUGCCUACAGUGGCUGCCACGACUCAUAUUCCAGUGAUUGCAGCAGCACUUGA